AUGGAAGAAGAACAAGUGAGGCAAGAUAUUCUCGAAGCAAAAGCACAACUUGACAUACCAGAUACACAUUUAUCUUCAUCAACUAAUCCACUAUCUCAUUUUCGUUAUCGUAUUGUUCCUAAUUUAGAAUUAAAUGGAUUUGAUAAAUCCUCAUCUAUUUCAUCAUAUAUUCAUCCUGAAUGUGAUGAAAUUAUUAAUUGUGCUUUAACUACAAAUGAUUUUGAAAUGCUUGAACAAGUAUUAUGGUUUAUUAAAGAUGAAAGUGAUCAAUAUACAAGAAGAGCACUGAUUAUAAAAUAUAUUCGAGUGUGUUGUUGUUUAACAGAUGAUGCUGUCAAUAAUUCUGUUGAUCAUCUUCUUGAUUAUAUUCAUGAAGAUAUUGAAAGUACGUGGCAGUUCGAUAUUGGACUUUUAUUCGAUAUUUUGCAUAAUGCUGGUGUUAAUGUUGAAAAAUUUAUUGCUUUAUUAGGAGAUGUAAAAAUAACAGAAUUAUUAAAUGAUGUACAAUUAAAAUCAAAACUUAAUUAUGAUGAUCAAACGAAAAGUAAAGCAUCAACGAAUCAAAUAAUAAACUCUAUAAAACGUGUCUUUCGAAUUAUUUUAUCUCUCGGAUAUUUUCAAGUGGAAAAAUUAAAUUCAACAUUAUUAAAUGAUAAUCAUUUAUUUUUAUUUUUACUUGGAUUUUAUCUUCAACUUGAUAAACGUUUUCUGGAUUUAGAUAUUAUUCAUAUAGCACGACGGUUAAUGGUCAAUGCACUUACUUUAUUAACACCAACAUAUUGGAAUGAAAAACGUGAUUUACUUGUUGAAUGUCUAUAUACUUUAUCAUCAAAAAAUGUUUAUAUUGUUGAAUUAUUUCUAAAAACCAAUGAACGUACUGUUCGUAUUCGUACACAACUUGGAUUAUUACAUUUGAAAAGAUUAGUUAAUAUGAUUGAACAUGAGAAGAAAAGUGAAGCAAUGAUUAUUGAUGAAAUAAUUAAAGAUAAACUUAAUCCACGUUUAUUUGAACGACAAAUUGAUUUUAUUGAUUGUGUACGAUUACUUGGAGAUAUUAUUGAUAGUUAUCCAUAUAGUCAACAAAUAGAAUAUUUAUCAAAACUUUAUGAUGAAAUUCUUCCAUAUUCAAGAACUGAUCAUGAAAAAUUAUUAACACAUGAACAACAUUUAAUUCUUUUUGAUGAUUGUCAACGAUGGGCAACAAUGCUUAGAUCUUAUUCAAAUGAGAAUGAAUUUCAAAAGCGUCUUAAACGAAAAUAA